CUCCCCUUCCCCUGCUCAAUUUCGUUUCCUGGUUCGGGUAACUUGAAGCCAUAGAAACCCUUCCACCUAGUUCCGGUAUCCUGGCACGUCUCCAUCACCUGCUCUUAAGCUGAGACUCGAUGGGGCGCACCAACGAGCAACGGCGAACCUGUCGAGGGAGCCAUGAGAUGGGCGUCAAUUGUACCAGUGAGAGUGCACGGACACUGCCACCAAUUAUAAAGUCCGCUGGAGAACGACAACCUAGCUGAAGGAUUCCAGAAUAACACUGAAACCAGAGUACGAUAGGUUCAUUUCUCGAAAACAAAAAAGAAAAAUGCAUUCCUCUCUUCUUCCCAUGCUGGCAGCGAUGCUGCUGAGCCCGGUCAGUGCAGCCGGAGUCAGCGGUACGGCCUUUGGAUUUGCUCAAGGAACGACCGGUGGAGGAAAUGCAACACCACAAACCCCUUCCAGUCUUGACGAGCUGAAGAGCUGGAUCACUGAUGAUGUGGCGCGUGUGAUCCUCAUUGACCGCGAGUGGGAUUUCACCAACACGGAAGGCCAAACCUCCGGCAAAUGCUGCAGCUCAGAUACCACCACGAAGUGCCCUGGUGGCACCUCUGCCGGUCAGGCAUGGAUUCAGGACACGUGCGAUGACGGCACCUGGGUCUCUUGCACCUAUGACAACGCUGCUAAGAAACCGCUGGACGUGGGCAGCAACAAGAGCAUUGUCGGUGUGGGUAGCAAGGGAGUUCUGAAAGGCAAGGGCUUGCGCCUUACUGGUGGUGCCAACAAUGUUAUCAUCCAGAACAUCCAUAUCACGGAUUUGAACCCUCAGUACGUCUGGGGCGGUGAUGCACUCACCCUGGAUGGCACCGAUAAUGUCUGGAUUGACCACAAUAAGUUCUCCCUUAUCGGUCGCCAGAUGAUCGUCAGCGGCUGGAACAAGGGCGGCCAUAUCACCAUCUCCAACAAUGAAUUCGACGGUGUCACCGAAUGGUCGGCUGGCUGUAAUGGCAAGCACUACUGGUCUCUUCUUCUCCUGGGCCUGGAGGACUGGUACACCUUCUCUGGUAACUGGCUUCACGAUCUCUCUGGCCGUGCUCCUCACAUGGGCACCGACUAUGACGACUCCAAGAUCUAUUUCCAUGGCGUCAACAACUACUUCCAGGAUAUUGACGGACAUGCCUUUGAUGUGGACACCAACACUUGGGUGCUCUUGGAGGGUAACUACUUCGACAACGUGAAGACCCCAAUAACCGAUACUUCCCUCAAGAGUGGUGCUCAGCUGUACACCACUAGCACCGUCGAUGCUGCCAGCGGUUGUGUCUCCCCUCUGGGCUACAUCUGCGAAUGGAACCGUGAAGGCGGCAGCACGGGCACCUGGCCUGAUCGCACUGACGCGUCAGUCUUGACCGGAUUCUCGAGCCUCAAGGAACACCUCAUCGGUCACACUGGUGUCGCCGAUGUCCCUACCAACGUCAAGGCCAACGCUGGCGUUGGCAAGGUGUGAGUUGUAACUUGCAUCCGCUGAACACAACAAGGAGGGUAACCCGG